CACGCUCGCGCCACCGAUCGACAAUUUUUUAUUCACGCUGAUCUCUAGGAAUAUUUUAUCAUCCCUCUUGGGCGCUACCCGCCGCGAACAAGUAGGCACCAACUUAAACACAGAGCGUACCGUUUUACGAUAGUUGGUCAAUCGGCGGCGGCGGCGGCUAUUUAGUGGCCGGGAAAAUUUUUCAAGUAAAUAAUAACGUGUAUAUAAAAAAAAAAAAAAAGGACGCGAUACUGUGAGUGUGUGCGUGCGUGUUGCGUAGGUCCGUGCGUGCGUGUGUGCUCGUUUGCCGUGAGUGCGCGCUUUUCUCUUUCAUCUGCGGGCCCGUUCUCUAUUCGGAUUUCUUCGAUUUCCGAUUAAAUUUAGGUUAUAAAAUUUGUUGGUACCUUGUCGUCGUCGACGUUCUUGUUGAUUUUUUUUUCUCCCCCCGAGCUUCCGAGCUUUUUCUUGAUAACAGUGUUUUUGCGCGAAUUUCAAAACUUGUGUGUUCGGAUACUGUUACCGGCCGUCGUAGUUUUACACUUCACCCAUCAACUGCCGCCGGUCUCGAGAGCUGUUGUAAAAAUAUGGCGCCAUUUUUCCGUACGCGUUAAAGUCCGCUCUGCCAUCCACCGCCGCCGCUUUGGAAACGCCAAAACGAAAAACUAUAGUUUCUAACAGCAUUUCGGUUUCUAUGUGAAAUUACAUCUAGCAAUAAUGAGUACAGAAGUAGAUGAAGCACUAGCUACAAAAGUUGAUGAAGUGGAAACUGAUGGAAGUGCUGUUAAGCAAGAGCUUACCAAUGUAGACGUAUUGGUAUGUGGUCUAUGCCAUAUAGGAUUUCAUUUUGUAGAAGAAUUUCAAGAUCAUAAACUUGGAGGAUGUAAAAAAAUAUCUGCAUUUCGAGACCAAAAUACCUCGGAUAACAAACCGCAGAUUCUUGGAUUUUUACUAUGGAAAAAUUCUCAAACAAAACAAAUAGCAGAAAAUCAAGAAGCAUGGAAAGUGUAUCAAAUGUGGUGUGUUCUACCUGAAAGCGUAAAAAACUGUUGGAUACAAGCUGGCAAAACUAUUAAUACUUAUGAUGAGCUAGCUAAAACUAUUCCUAACAAGGUUAUUAAACUUGAUCCAAGUGCAUCAAAUGGCAAUAUAGAUGAACAGCCUUCACUGGGUAUGAAACCUAGUGGGGAAUUUCCUUCAGGCCAAGAGUUUGUAGUUGAAAGAGUUGUUGCACGCCGUUUUAAUCAGAAAAAAAGACAAUUUGAAUAUUUAUUAAAAUGGGAAGGUUAUCCCCCUGAGCAGAAUACUUGGGAGCCGGCAGAUAAUAUGUCUGCUUGUACUCACCUUAUAAAGCAAUAUGAAGAUACAUUAGUAAAAAAUGGUACUGUUUCUACCCCAGGAAAGAGGGCAGGACCUGGACGUCCACGAAAGAUUGAGCAGAUCCAAAAUAUUGUUAAACCUAAAGUAUCUCCACAAGUACAAGUUGAACAAAUUGGAAUAGCUGGGAGACCAGUUCGUAGCAGUAAACAAAAAGCAUUGGAUCAAGUUAAAUAUUGGUGUGGUACAAUGAAAGCCAAUGAAGAAGUUAUUGAAAGUAAACCUUCUCAACCAAACAUUCUAAAACGUGAUUACAUUAUGUUAGAAGAAGAUGAAGAAGACGAAGACACUCCUGUGUUAAAGAAAAAAUAUUUUCAUCCCGAUUCUGAGGAUGAAGAUUGGGAUGAUCCAUCAUUACAUAAAUCUAAUGCAUCAGUUAGUGAAAAUGAAGAUCCUAACCCAAAUAGUGGGAAAAUUACUAUUAGAAGUCAACUAACAAUGGAGGAACGCAUAAAGUUUAAUGUUUCAAGAAGUAUCACAAGAACAUCAGUAUUUCCUGUGUUAAAACGAGAAGAACGGAUUAAAAAAAUUAAAACGCACUUAGCUCAUUUUAACAAUUAUCAUAGAAAUUCUGAUUUAGGUUUCUUGCAAAUUUCACCACAUUUAACUCAAGUAACUUUAGCAUCAUCGAAGGGUUUUGUGAAAUUAGAAACUAAUCAAGUUCCACAAUCAGGCAUAUAUAUAUAUUCUAACAAUGAAGGAUUUACUAGAUUAAAUGUAAGUGAUAAGACUCAAAGUAUGAUGUUAAUGAUGAAGAAUAGGGAUGAUCCAAAAAAAGGCAAAGUGGUAUAUAUUGAUGGAGCUCAAGUUCUGCAACCACAAAAAAAAACUCUUGACCUAACCAAAGCUAGAGAGGCUGUAAACCAGUCAUCUCCUUUAAUGAAAUCCUAUGCUAAUAAGAAACCAUUUGUUCCAACCACAAAAAUUCAAGCUGCUGUAAAGCCUAGACCAUUUUUACACAAAGUUGCUGCUGCUAAUCCAGAGUUUGAAAAAUCAUUGCUUCAGAAACAUCAAGGUUCUCCAGGAAUGAAACCUCAUCAUAGUAAUAUGACAUUUGUUCCUAGACGUACUCUUAAUAACAGAGUAGUCCAACAAGGUGCUUACGCUUAUAACGCCCUAGAGCAGUUAGAAUUUUGGGAAGACACGGCAUCCGACACUGAUGACGGCGGCCUGUCGGACCAUUUCCCAUCAGAAGACGUUUCAAUUCCACCUAAUAGUCCAAAUAGACCAUUAACACUUUGUCCUACAACUGGAAAAAGGUUAAUGAAAGCUGAAGGCGAAAAAACGCCAGAGCCUACUCCACCAUCAAGCCCUAAAACAAUGAUAACUAUUGAUGAAUCAUCUUUGAUGGGUAGACAACAUGACAAUUCUUCGUUACCAACAAUAAUUAAAUUGGAACCUGGAACUGGACAUUUAGGAAAUCAAAAUCCUAUGAUGUCUAUUGGUGAACCUGAAAAAGUAAACAUUAAUCGUACACCUCAGAUGCAACAUCAUCAAGCUAGACAAAGUUUUGUUAACUAUAAAGACAUUCCAGCUGCUUCAAACUCUGGCUUACGUAUGAAAAAAACUAAUUCUAGACCCAAUAAUAACAGUAAUAAAUCGCUACAUGUGAGCUCUGGAAUUACAAAAUCCCAUAGUUCUCUAAACGUUCCAGCUCGAAAAAUACAACAGAAACAACAGCAACAUCAACAACAACAACAACAACAACAACAACAACAACAGCAACAACAACAUCAUCAUGAACAACAAAUUACUCAACCUUUCCCAGGACAACAGGCUAUACUGACAGAUGAAUCUGGUCGAUUAAUAUUGUCUGCUGAUGAUACUGAGAGUAUGAUUACUAUAACAGGAGAUGAUGGCAUGCUCUAUCAGGUAUCUGCUGCCCAGUUAGCUGCUAGUGGAGGUACAGUGUUAUUAGCUGGAAAUGAAGGAGAUGGACAACAGUGUGUAUACCUUACUGAAGAUAGUAAUAGUAUGAUGCAAACCAACCAAAAUCAAGAAGGGAUGUUAGCAUUGGAUGAUUUUGGCAAUACCGUUGGUCAACUAAUGCCUCAUCAGCUUGACUUGGGAAAUUUGGUGACUGAUGAUGCGGGAAAUAUGUAUAUGAAAGAUAAUGAAACUGGUCAAUAUGUACCUGUAUCAGCAACAGAACAAGGAGGUCAAGUUGUUAUACAAACAAAUGAAAACUUCACACAAGAACCUACACAAGUUAUACAAGAAGAAUCAGAUCAAUUAGUAGCACAAAUUGUUGAUGCUGGAGAGCCAACUCCUGGAGGUGGUCCACGAAGAGUUGUGUUGCAAUUACCUGAUGGUAACUUAAUGGUAACUGAAAUGGACGAAGAACAGUUUGCUGCUUUGGAAAUGGAUAAAUAGUAUACACUAUAGAAUACUAUUGACUUCAAUACCAAUUUUUUUUUUUUUUAGUUAUUUUAACAAUAUUGAAUAACUCAAUUAUUAAUAUACAUUGUUAUAUUUUAUUUGUAUUAAUAGUAUGACAUUAUAUUUUAAGGUUUUUAAAAUCUUAUGUAUGACUGAUUCAAAUUGAAAAAAGCUAAAAAAUGUUUUGUUAUUGUAAACAAUACGAUAAAUGAUCUAGAUAUAUAUUUUACCCCUAAUGAUAAGUUUAUAUUAUUUCAAUGGGAUAUAAAAAAUGUAUAUUUACAAAAUUAAGGUUAAUUAUAAUAUAUUUUUUUUCAUUUCUUAACUUUUAUUGGUUCAGUUCUUAACUUAUCGUCAUUAAAACUAUUUUAACAAAAAAUGAAAAUGUAAUUUUUUAUUUAAUUAUUUUGGAAAUAUGUUUAGUGAAUUAGUUUUUUUUAUUUAAUCACUUGUUUAAAUAAAAAAAAAUAAACACUUGUAGAUUUUAUGUAAAUAAGUAUGGUUUUGGUUGUUACUUUAAAAUCAAAACCAUUAUUAUUUAAAAGUACAUUAAUUUUAACAAAUGGAAUCAGUUAUGUAAAAUUUUCAUGUAUAUAUAGACUAGGUUUUAUGGAUAAAAUAUAUUUAUUUUAAUUUUAUACUAAAUAUUUUAAAAUAAAAUCUGAACUAAGUUCUCUUUUAUACAUGUACAUAUUUGGAAAUAAAGAAAUAUUAUACUUGAA